UUGGGCAGUAGGGAGUGUGUGUGUGUGUGUUGGGGUCUGGGUUUGGAGUUAUAACCUCGACGUGUAUGAUCGGCGCCUGCGGGAACUAAAGACACAACACUCUCGCCUCAAAGAGUCUACAUGUCUAACAUUUAGACAUGUUCAGCUUUGUGGAUAUCCGGUUAGGGCUGCUGCUCGCGGCCGCCGCGCUCGUGGCGAGAGGACAGGGCGAGGAUGACAGCAUAUUCAGUAGCUGCACAUUAGACGGCCAGUCGUACAAUGACAAGGACGUAUGGAAACCUGAGCCAUGCCGGAUUUGCGUGUGCGACAGCGGAACUGUCAUGUGCGACGAGGUGAUCUGCGAGGACAUACCGGACUGCGCCAACCCAGAAAUCCCCGAAGGCGAAUGCUGCCCUAUUUGCAUCGACGGCACAGAAACACCAACCACUGAUAGUCCUGAGAAUUUUGGACCCAAAGGUCCCACUGGACCUAAGGGUGACCCGGGUCCCGUUGGACCUGCCGGAAACGAUGGCAUUCCCGGAGAGCCUGGACUUCCUGGACCUCCUGGCCCCCCUGGACCCCCUGGUCUCGGUGGAUACAACUUGCCCCAGCUGUCUUAUGGUAGUGAGAAAUCCAGCGGCCCAGCUCUUCCUGGACCACCAGGCCCAAUGGGACCCCGUGGACCUCCUGGACCUUCAGGUUCUCCUGGUCCUCAAGGAUUCACUGGCCCUGCAGGUGAACCUGGCGAGCCUGGCCCUUCUGGUCCGAUGGGUCCUCGUGGUCCUAUUGGUCCUCCUGGAAGGAACGGAGAUGAUGGUGAAGCUGGCAAAGCUGGUCGCCCUGGUGAGCGUGGAGCCGCUGGUGCUCAGGGAGCUCGCGGUUUCCCUGGAACCCCUGGACUUCCCGGCAUCAAGGGACACAGAGGUUUCCCUGGUCUAGAUGGAGCUAAGGGAGAUACUGGCCCUGCUGGACCUAAGGGAGAGCCUGGUUCACCUGGUGAGAAUGGUGUUGCUGGUGUUAUGGGCCCUCGUGGUCUGCCUGGUGAGAGAGGCCGCCCUGGACCUGCUGGACCUGCUGGUGCUCGCGGUAACGACGGCAACUCUGGCCCUGCUGGACCUCCUGGACCCACCGGCCCUUCUGGUCCUCCUGGAUUCCCUGGUGCUGCUGGAACUAAGGGAGAGACUGGCCCUGCUGGAGGCCGUGGCUCAGAGGGACCUCAGGGAGCCCGUGGUGAGCCUGGUAACCCUGGACCUGGUGGAGCUGCUGGACCCCCAGGUCCUCCUGGUAGCGAUGGCAGCCCUGGUGCCAAGGGUUCUCCUGGUCCUGCUGGUAUUACUGGUGCUCCUGGUUUCCCCGGUACUCGUGGACCUGCUGGACCCGCUGGAUCUGUCGGCGCUGUUGGACCUAAGGGUGUCAAUGGUGAUGCUGGUGCCCAGGGACCCAAAGGAGAGCCUGGUCCUAAGGGAGAGCCUGGACCUUCUGGACCUCAGGGUCUUGCUGGACCUCCUGGUGAUGAGGGAAAGAGAGGAGCUCGCGGUGAGCCUGGCGGUACUGGACCCGUUGGACCUCCUGGACUUCGUGGUGCCCCUGGCAACCGUGGUUUCCCUGGUGCUGAUGGUGCCCCAGGCCCCAAGGGUGCCCCUGGUGAGCUUGGCCCCAACGGACCUGCUGGACCUCAAGGAGCCACUGGAGAAUCUGGCCGACCUGGAGAGCCUGGACUGCCCGGAUCCAGGGGUGUGUCUGGUUCCCCUGGUGCCCCUGGACCUGAUGGCAAAGCUGGACCUGCUGGUCCCGCUGGUCAGGAUGGUGCUGCUGGACCUCCAGGCCCUGCUGGAUCUCGUGGUCUCCCUGGUGUGAUGGGAUUCCCUGGACCUAAGGGAGCUGAUGGUGAGUCUGGUAAACCUGGCGAGAGAGGCAUUGAAGGACCCGUUGGUGCUGUGGGUGCACCUGGUAAAGAUGGUGAUGUUGGUGCUCCUGGACCUUCUGGACCUGCUGGACCUGCUGGAGAUAAAGGAGAACAAGGACCUGCUGGACAACCUGGAUUCCAGGGACUUCCUGGACCUCAGGGUGCCACUGGUGAGACAGGCAAGGCUGGUGACCAGGGUUUGCCUGGUGAGGUUGGUGUUCCUGGACCUUCUGGUCCCAGAGGUGAUAGAGGUCUUCCUGGUGAGCGUGGUGCCCCAGGCCCUGCUGGCCCCACUGGUGCUCGCGGCUCUCCCGGAGCUGCUGGUAACGAUGGUGCUAGGGGAGAUGCUGGUGCUGCUGGAGUUCCUGGUGGUGUGGGUUCUGCUGGUCCACAGGGAAUGCCUGGAGAGCGCGGUGCUAGUGGACUUCCUGGCACAAGAGGAGAUAGAGGUGACUCUGGACCUAAGGGCCCUGAUGGUGCCCCUGGUAAGGAUGGUCUGCGUGGUUUGACUGGUGCCCUUGGUGCCCCAGGACCUCCUGGUGCUGCUGGAGAAAAGGGUGAACCUGGACCUGUAGGACCUGCUGGAUCUACUGGACCUCGUGGUGGCUCUGGUGACCGUGGUGAGCCUGGACCUCCUGGACCUGCUGGAUUUGCUGGACCUCCUGGUGCAGCUGGCCAGCCUGGAGCCAAGGGUGAGCAGGGUGACAGUGGACCUAAAGGUGAUGCUGGACCUCCUGGACCUCCCGGACCUGUUGGUGCUGGCGGUCCUCAGGGCCUUGCUGGUGCUCCUGGACCCAAAGGUGCUCGUGGUGGUGCUGGACCUCCUGGUGCCACUGGUUUCCCUGGUGCUGCUGGUAGAGUUGGACCUCCCGGCCCUGCUGGUGCUGCUGGACCUCCUGGCCCUGUUGGCCCAGGUGGUAAAGAGGGACAGCGUGGUGCACGUGGUGAGAAGGGAGCACCUGGUCGCCCCGGUGAGGUUGGUGCUGCUGGACCCCCAGGACCUCCCGGAGAGAGAGGUUCUACCGGUUCUGAUGGACCUGCUGGUCCUGCUGGUGCCCCUGGACCUCAGGGUGUGAAUGGAGGAUUUGGUAUUGCUGGUAGCCCUGGACAAAGAGGAGAGAGAGGCCUGCCAGGUCCCGCCGGACCAACUGGAGAGCCAGGAAAACAGGGAGGUACUGGUGCAGUUGGUGAGCGUGGACCUCCUGGCCCAAUGGGACCCCCUGGUCUGAGCGGAGGUCCUGGUGAGGCUGGCCGUGAGGGUAGCCCUGGUCAUGAUGGUGCCCCUGGUCGUGAUGGUGCUCCUGGACCCAAGGGAGACCGUGGUGAGUCUGGACAUGCUGGAGCACCAGGAGCUCCUGGACCCCCUGGACCUCCUGGACCCGUUGGUCCAUCUGGCAAGCAUGGAGAUCGUGGAGAGGCUGGUCCUGCUGGUCCCGCCGGCCUUCCAGGACCUGCUGGUGCACGUGGUGCUGUGGGCCCUGCUGGUGCUCGUGGAGACAAGGGUGAGGCUGGAGAGACUGGAGAGAGAGGCAUGAAGGGACACCGUGGGUUCAGUGGCAUGGCUGGACUGCCUGGACCUGCUGGCCCCCCUGGUGAGCCAGGACCUGCUGGACCCACUGGCCCUGCCGGACCUCGUGGACCUUCUGGCUCUACUGGUGUCCAUGGUAAGGAUGGCAUGAACGGCAUUCCUGGACCUGUUGGACCUCCUGGACCUCGUGGCCGCACUGGAGAGAUGGGACCUGCUGGUGCCCCUGGUCUUCCCGGACCCCCAGGUCCUCCCGGUCCUGCAGGCAUUGGUGAGCCAUUCCCCAUCAUUCCCCAGCCUGAGAAGGCAGCUGACCCAUUCCACGGCUACAGGGCUGAUGAAGCUACUCUGCGUGACCGCGAUGCUGAGGUGGACACCACCCUCAAGUCCAUCAGCCAGAAGAUUGAGAACAUCCGCAGCCCCGAGGGAACCAAGACAAACCCAGCUCGCAUGUGCCGUGACCUCAGGAUGUGUCAUCCCGAGUGGAAGAGCGGUUCCUACUGGGUGGAUCCCAACCAGGGAUCUCCUCUGGAUGCCAUCAAGGUCUUCUGCAACAUGGAGACUGGUGAGACCUGCGUCAACCCGACUCGUGCCAGCAUUCCUCUGAAGAACUGGUACAUCAGCAAGAACAUCCGUGAGAAGAAGCACGUCUGGUUCGGAGAGUCCAUGCCUGAUGGCUUCCAGUUCCAGUAUGGCAGCGAGGGCUCCGACUCUGAUGAUGUGAGCAUCCAGAUGACCUUCAUGCGCCUGAUGUCCAACAAGGCAUCCCAGAACAUCACAUACCACUGCAAGAACAGCAUUGCCUACAUGGACGAGGCCUCAGGCAACCUGAAGAAGGCUCUGCUCCUGCAGGGAUCCAACGAUGCCGAGAUCAGGGCCGAGGGCAACAGUCGCUCCACGUAUACAGUCAGCGAGGACGGCUGCACGUCGCACACUGGCACUUGGGGCAAGACAGUCAUCGAAUAUAAGACAACGAAAACAUCUCGUCUUCCCAUCAUUGACAUUGCUCCUAUGGACAUUGGUGCUCCCAAUCAGGAAUUCGGCAUAGAAGUUGGCUCAGUCUGCUUCUUGUAAAAAGAUAAAUCUGGACAUUAAAAAUGUUGUUGUUUUGUUUCUAGCAAUCAUCUCCAAAUCUUUUUCUAUGCAUUAAAAAAAAAAACUCAUUCGGCUGCAAUCAGUCCACGUGCUUACACUUUAACAUCCUUGAGGACGGUGCUUGUUGUGAUCUCGAGAGACGUUCCGCUUUUCUUUUUUUUUAAGAAAAUAAUUUUGAGGACCACUAUUGCCAAUCAGCGUCAACAUCAUGGACACUUAGUGAGAAUUUUGUGAGUCAUUUGGCAACAAGAAAAUAAUAUAUACCUGUACUUGUAAAGUGUAAGAUCACCCCCCCCAAAAGAUGCCAAAAAAGAGCAAACAACCCAAAAGGUCAUGAAAAUACCGGUGACUUUUUUGCCGUUUUUUUUUUUUGCCACUGCAGAAGGACAAUGAAAAAACACACAAGUGCUAAUGUACCAUUUUCUGGUGUUGAAUAAAUCUGAAAAAUGACAA